CCGAUAAAACUAAGCAGGAGACCGACAUGGAUCCCCUCCCGUGACUUUCUUAUAAUCAUUGAAUUGAAAUGCUUUUUUCCCUAAGCUAAUCGGCUCGGGUGUUUAGUUUCGUUUCUUUUAAGUAACUUUACGCAUGAUUUUUUGAAGGGUACCUUACAGAUUCCGAAAUUGCAAUUCCACUUUUGAAGCUCGAAGUGCAAUUCCCCAUGAUCAAACACGAUCUUUAUUUGGGGAUGGCAGAAGGCAUCGAAGAAGAUGGAGAGGACCGUGAAGGAGGGGUUGGAUUUAGAAUUGGAAGAUGGAACAAAAAUGGAGGGGGUUGAUUCGGAACUGAAAGCUAUCGUACAUGGGGAACGCACACCGAGAAGGAGAGAGCUGGGGUUGGAUCUAAAACGCUGUUGGAGAGCUAACAAGGGAAAGCUUUAAUAUCCAUAGAGAACGCAAGUGGAGAAGGAAAGAGGUGAGACAGAAUUUAGAUUUAGCACACUGAUGGAAACGUAGUGGAGAAAGAGGGCAUGUUGGAAGUUAGCGUCUGAGCAAGGAAAAGCUUUAAAAACCCCUGAUGUUUUUGUGCUUUGACCGGUUGGAAUAAAUCAUACACCACUCUCCUCCUGACCAUCAGAUAGAUCUUACGGAUAUGAUUAACCCACUUCCCAGCCAUUGCAUAAAAGUCUCGGGAGGGGGUCAGAAGCCGGCAGAAGACAGCCGUUGAAGUAAGAUGGGUCGCGCGGUUCUUUCUCAAAUCUUGAUUCUCUCAUCUUCAUCUCCGCACCUCGCUCCUUCACUGUCGUGUGUUGGGCCAAGGUUCUUGACGGCACCUGCCACCAACCUUCUUCGUUCUCGCCGUCCACUUAUCUUCAGUGGAGCGUGCGUCCGCUGUUGUUCUAGCAUUGCGUCUACUCCCGAGACUUCUCCGACCUCUGCAAAGAAACGGGUAGUGUCAGGAGUUCAACCUACAGGAUCUAUCCACCUUGGGAAUUAUCUUGGGGCCAUAAAGAAUUGGAUUGGACUUCAGAAUACAUAUGAUACACUUUACUUCAUCGUCGACCUGCAUGCGAUCACAUUACCAUAUGACACCCAGCAAUUAUCUAGGACAACAAGAGAAACAGCGGCCAUUUAUUUGGCAUGUGGCGUUGAUACUUCAAAGGCAUCUGUAUUUGUACAAUCCCAUGUCCGUGAACAUGUAGAGUUGAUGUGGCUGCUAAGUUCUGCCACACCAAUUGGUUGGUUGUACAGAAUGAUUCAGUUUAAAGAGAAAUCCCGCAAGGAGGGAGAUGAAAAUGUUGGGGUCGCUCUUUUGACAUACCCUGUUCUAAUGGCCGCUGAUAUUCUCCUAUAUCAGUCAGACUUUGUCCCAGUUGGUGAAGAUCAAAAGCAGCAUUUGGAAUUGACCCGUGAAUUAGCUGAACGUGUCAAUUAUUUAUAUGGAGGAAGGAAGUGGAAGAAGUUAGGCGGCCGAGGUGGUGCCAUAUUUAAGGUUCCAGAGCCGCUUAUACCUCCAACUGGAGCCCGAGUUAUGUCACUAACUGAUGGUCUUUCCAAGAUGUCAAAGUCUGCAGCUUCUGAUCAAUCCAGAAUCAGUCUUCUUGACCCAAAAGAUCUGAUAGCAAACAAGAUAAAACGUUGCAAAACUGAUGCGUUCACUGGCUUAGAAUUUGACAAUCCUGAAAGACCCGAAUGUAACAAUCUUCUUUCCAUAUACCAGCUCAUUACAGACAAGACAAAAGAGGAAGUUCUGCAAGAAUGUCAAAAUAUGAACUGGGGCACAUUCAAAGCUCUUUUAACAGAUGCCCUGAUUGAUCAUCUGCAUCCCAUUCAGGUUCGCUAUGAGGAAAUCAUGUCCGAUUCUGGUUAUUUAGAUCAAAUCUUAGCAGAAGGUGCUAGAAAAGCUUCUCAUAUAGCAGAUGCUACACUCCAAAACGUUUACCAGGCAAUGGGAUUCUUGAGAAAACAAUCAUAGUCGAUGCUCGGGAAUAAUUGAAAAGAUGAAUGAGACAGCAACUUAAAGCUAACUUUUGGACGAUUUAUCGCCGUCCACCACUGGGUUUUGGAUUACAGCUUUUUGACUACUGGAAACACUAUUUGAUGUCCAGGUCCCAGAGGUUCUUGAUGCAAAGUUCUAUACACCAGACAGGUUAAUUUUCAUAUUCUGUGUUCUCGAUGUAUUUAGUUGUCAACUUCAUAUUUUUUGAACUUUUCCAUCAUUACUUGUGAGCUGUAAUUUAAAUCUUAUGGUUAAUAAUUGGGUCCUCAUUGGUAAUAAUCUUUGUGGAUCUUAGUGAAUA